AUGGCCAACCUAUGGAGGAUCGCGCGAGAGUGGAUGCAAUCACAGAAUCCCCACCGUAACAUUCCUCCGCCUAAACUCAGCAGUGUGCUGGAAAUUUUACAAACACAGGAGGAAGCUAGAGAUCACGUUUAUUAUGACGCCUUGAGACGAAUCUCGGCAUCCUCGAAGGUCAGUCGAAUUUUCUGCUUAGUUAAAUUCCUCUUCGUUUGUUUAAAGGCGUGCAAGGGUAAUUAUGGAAGUUGUCCGGCUUUGAUAACCCUGGGUGCCAGGUUUUUUUUUCUUUCCUAAUUCCUGAUAGUUCGCGGCGAAGCGUGCGUGCGGUUUAUUUCAUCCAAGGUAUCUCGAGAAGGGACUUCUGGAGUAAGGGAGAGCUUUGAUUUACUCCAUCUCGCUUUUAACUACACUUCUAACCUCUCGUACCUCCGUAAUACGGACACUUUAAUGUCUGUAUUAAGGCGGAGUGUUUGACUGUAAGUUGAUGGUUAGUGACUAAUAUAGGCACGAUCUGAACUGCUCUAAUUCGAUAACGAGUAUGAAAGCAAAGUCAGUGUCCUUUUUGUAGUUGACUUUAGUUUGCCAGAAAAUAAUAUUGAAAGAAUGAAAGAGUAAGUGUCGAGGAGACCUUAAAAAAUUGAGACGUGUUUUUUAGUCGAGUAUCCGGAGUGCAGAGGCAUCGCAGAUGGGACAUUUCAGGCACUCGUGGUCAUAAAAACUUCCCGCGAAGCUGUAUUAUUAAAGAAGAGCUGCAUUGUGACAAAAUUGUCAUGCAGGUUUUGUUUGUAUAAUACGAACAUUCAAUUAUUAAACGUUUUAGUGCAAUGUGUCUGAGACUGUAUUAGUUGUAAGUGAAGAACAUGAUUGGCCGGCACUGUAUAUUAGUUUAAUCAUGAUAAAAUGCGUGUUGACUUGCCUUUCUUUAUGUUAUUUUAAUUUUCUGUCUUUGGCCGUAUUGUAGUUCGAUUAUUGCUUUUGGGGAACUCUUUUUCCUUUUCUGAUUUUUUUCUUGGACGACAAAGAAUGACUUAAGUGGCGAAUAUAUUUUAACUUCCCAACUUUGUUCAAUUAUUGCUUCUUUCUCGUCCUUUGUUUAAUCAAACGCAGACAGUAGUCAUUUCUAAUUUGUCUAACAUGCCAAUUCCCUGAUUCGAAUCUAAAAACUUACGCCAGGAUGUUAAACGGUAGUUUAAAUAUUUAUAAUAUUUUUCAGUAUUUGAAAUCGUGACAUAAUAUUUCGCCGAAAAAGUGAUUAAAAUUUCGUAAGGCCUAUCGUAGUUUUAUUUUGACAGUUUUUAGAUUUGCGCCAGUUUGUUAAAUUGCCCUGUUUACUUAAAAACGUGUCGAAAAUUAGGUUUCGUGCCAAAUUUGAAUCCUUGACCAAAAUGUGCUAAUGAAAUAUUUAACCGGUACCUACGUGGAGUUUUAACACCGCUUAAGGAUAUAUUAACACUUCACAUGGCUUUUUCUUUUACUAGGUUUGUAUUUACGUGUAAUCAUUACUGAGCAAAGCGUUUUAAAAAAUCUCCGCUCAGCACCUCGGUUUUAUGGACAGUUUGUGGACUUCGUACGUGUAACUUUUACGUACAAAGUGAACUCUCGCCGGUUUUUCUAAACUCGUUCAGGUACGAACUCUUUGACACUAGAUUAGGUGCCAUCAGUUCUGGGUUUAUUGUAGCCCGCGAGCAAGCUCUCCAGUUUGGGCGAGCGAAGUGAGUCACGCGAGAACGCGCGAGCGAGCGGCGAGGUUUAUUGUUUUCGCUCCAAACGGCAGCUCUAAAACAAAAAUCACAAAUGAGAUUUACUUUUUCCGCUUCAGUUUCGACAAUACGUUUGUCUUUCUGGUGUAAAUUUGACAGCGCAUAGUGACAAACCCGGGCGACGAACCCCAACAAUUGUGAGACAAUGUCAGUUUACAGUUUUAAGUGCUUUUAUGUGAAUUCUUUGGUCGUCUUGUUAACUCAGCAGUUAAUUAUUGCACACAAACCAAUUGUGUUCCAUGAGAGCUAUUUGAAAAGCAGAACAAUUUAACUCCCCCGUUUUGCAAUCGUUUUUCUUGGAUGGUCAGCGGCCAGGCAAGAUGUACCUGACCCAUAAUAUAAUCAUUUAUUAAUAAUCUAAGUGAGGCUGCCCAAUCUUUUUAGCCCUUAAUAGUUAUCAUGGGCAGCCUGUACUCUCUCCAUAUUUUAUAGUAAAUUUUUUUGUAUCACGUUAAAACAAUGUAGGGUACAAAUAAAGUUGUUGUUUUUAUAACUUUAGUGUGAAUAAAUUUGUCCUUGUCACGUCCUGCUUACACUACUCAAACUACUGAAUUUUUCAGCAUAAACUGCACAGCUGCUAGUAAAACCUGUUUCAAGAUAAAGCUGUCUUAGAGCGCGGCGCCUUUUAGGAUGAUUAGUUAUACUGCACUUACUCGACCUCAAUGUACAAUUCCUUUUCUCUCGUUAGUCUGAAGACUAUGAGCUCCUUACAGAUACGGUCGCUUCGGUGUACAGACCCAAUUUGGAAUACCAGUUUGUCCUUUGGGCAAACAGCUUAUACAUUUUGCUUGCCUGGGGCCACUUCUUGCUUGUCUUUGUUAAUGAUUUAGUUUAAGGAUGUCUUGCCCGGACGCUUAUUCAUUUGUUUUACUUUCUUUUUCCGGUGAACUGCAAGGAUAAAAAGACGACGUAAGUGAAAACAUAGUUAAAAAAGUUUUACAAAAUGACGAAGGAUAUAAGCCCCCAGUCCUUAGGGUUAUUCUGUUAAUUGUAAAGCGGCGAGAGACAAUCUGGUGAACUGGUUGAUGGCGCAACCGUGUACGUACACCCAUGAACUAUUUUUUUUGUUUAGUUUGUAAGAAGUUGCUGAACUUCGUAAUCAUACUUUUCUCAGCUUGAUAAAGAAUAUAAAGGCUUAGGAAGUAUUUAAAGUUAACAAAAAAGACCAUCAUAUGUUGAGCGCCCAGCCUCUAAAAAUCUCUCUUCCUCUAAUGAUCCCUCAGAAGAGUUAGCAAUGUCGAUGAGUAGCUUUGGCUCAAAGUUCUAGCAGUUUAUUUUGACGUUUCUAGCAACGAAACCUCUAAUAACGUUACUUUGAUUCGUCCUUAAGUUGGGGCUGAUACAAUAAAUUUUCUUUAUAGUUGUGCCUGUAGUGAAUAAGCUCUUUUUGUUUUCAGUCAUGUCAGGAAUGGUGCUUGUGCUGAUUGCGGUACGUUAGGAAGCAUCACCGAAGAAGAAGGGGAAAGCUCAUCCUAUUCUAGGCGAGGCUCUGUCGUAAGAUACGCCCUGUCAGUAGGAGAAUCUAUCCAAGAGGUUAGUUUACAAGUGUUACACUGAAACUGAAAGUUCUUAUCGAAUCGAGCAAAGCGCAAUAAAAGCAGGCAAAAUAUGUGUUUUUCUAGAAACAAAGGGAACUGCUUUCUCGUUUUGGCGGUCUGGCUAGGCUUCCUUUGAUAGUUUAUCAACUGCAGCAGGGUUGGCUCAGUCGGUAGGCCGCUUGACUGCAGAGCGGGAGGCCGCAGGUUCGAUUCCCGGGACCGGACCAACACUCAGGGUCUUAAAAUAACUGAGAAAUGAGGGUACUGCCUUUGCCCUGCAAAUGGCUAGAUCUUUGCGUAGCUCGGAUGACCACGUAAAAUGGCGUUCCGUAUUGACUAGGAGACGCUAAAAUAGUGUCCCCAAUUAGUACUUUCGUGCUAAACACGUUGACACUCAAAGAAAGUCCUUUUUUUUUAAUCAUGAUAAAUUUACCCUUAUGUAAGCUUGGUUAGUGACAAGGCCGUGACGCAGUAGCCUGCGAACAGCAGGGGAGAGAAGCGACGACUGGAAAUGCGUCUGCUGUUCGCAGGCUAUGACGCAGUUUUUGUCAACAUAAAGAGCGCGCGCAAAUUCAAACGUGUACACUUGACUGCUAACGGUGUUGAUUGGUUUCUUGUUGCGCGCGCUACGUUUUUCCUUUGUUGCGUCACAAAGAAAAUGUCCAGCUGUGAAACAAAACCAGUGCAGGUUUGCUUAUUCAAGAAAAAGAGAGUGUGUGUAAGAAAAUAACUCAAGGAGAGAAGCCCUUUUUAACCCCUUCAACCUAAGCGGAGAAAGUGAGGUUUUAUUUGUUUCUUUUAUUAAGAGUACGUUAUAUUAGUCGUGGACACCGAAAUUUAAAGUUUUAGACGUCAGUUAAGUCUUUGCAAUAUCUGCUAUCAUUCUCUACUUAAUCGGAAGGCGAUUUCCCGCGCCCAGUGGGGAUGCCCUAAUUUCUAAUUUGUUUGCCUAGUUUCUGCAUUGUUUUUGCUUGGUCAGAGUAAACAACACUUGAAUGACUGCCUACUAUUUUGUAACUUGGAGAAAAUCGCUAUAGUCAUUUUUCCCGGAAAUGUUUUCUUUCAGUUUCUAAGCUCUGAGAGACUUGUUCUUGACCCAGAGGAUGAUGCCUACUACUUAUGGAUGGUAUAUAUUUUGUGUUUUGAUCUUAAUAAUUUAAAUUUUCAAUUGAGCGUGGAUCUUUUAAUUCCUGAUCGAAAAACUUGUAAUGCUACGGUGUGUAUUAAACACUGUCCUUGUUUUUUAGGGCGUGGUAGCUGCCAUAGUUAUCUAUAACUUUUGGACUGUCAUCCUUGGAAUCGCUUUUACAGAAACUUCAGAUGAGGUAGGUUAUAUAGUGUGCAACUAAAUAAUGCAGAUAUAGAAUAGGUGAUAUAGAGUGCAAGUAUACAAAGCAGUUUUCAACUUGUCUUGAGUAUGGGGUCAAGAAAGCGAAACAAUGAGUCUUUUACAUGACUUGAGCCUUUGACCAUAGGAGUAUCGCUAGACCCUCAAGGCAGCUGAGCCUGAGGGAGACUUGUGGUGUGUCACAGUCCAAGUCAUUGAUAUUUACAGGACCUGACACUACACAGUUUUCCUUGAAAAACCAGCAAAGUUGCUACCAAAUCUCAAAACACCACCCGUUUUUACAGCUCUUCAGCGAUUUCGUUUAAGUUUGUAGGCUAUUUUGCCAAAGAUACAGGGCGAUACAUCGCACAUGUACUAUGCAUACUGUUAAGAACAGCCCUUCAGUUUGGUGAUAAAGAUGACAAAUUUGAGCUGUUUUUGUUUAAUCAAUAAAUUAACCCUCGUUUCUCUCCUUUUUUAAGUCUUUCUCUAGGGUUAUCUUCUGGUGGGGAGAUCUGUUUGCAGAUGGCCUGUAUGCCUGCGAUAUAUGUGUGCAACUACGAACUGCUUACAGAGAUGACCACGGCAUUAUGGUAUGUAGAGUAACGAUACCUUUUUUUCUCACCGUAAAAAUUCCGAAAAUAAGCCCCUCCAAAUAUAAGCCCCCCAAACCGGUAACGCAGAAAACCCUCCGUUGAAUCGCCCCUCCAAAUAUAAGCCCCCCGGGGGCUUGUUCUUGGAAAAUUGCCCUCAAAUACAAAGUAAAACAAAGCUGAAACGAUAAAUUUACUUCCAACUAUAAGGCUAGCCCAAUCGAUUUUGAAACGCAAAUAUCCCUCCGUAGAUAAGCCCGUCCGAAUAUAAGCCCCUCAAAAAGGGCCUUUGAAAAAUACAAGCCCCGGGACUUAUUUUCGGAAAAUUACGGUAUCAGGUCCCAGGUAGAGUUAGUUGUUCCAGUUUGUCAAUCAUCCUCAAUUAUUUACGGGAAUCAUAGGGCUGUGGUUUGAACCAAAAAGGUUCCUUAAAUUUUUUUGAUCGGAAAUGCAUUUGUAAGAAAGCGAAGGUUUCAAGAAGGGGACCCAAGCAGAACGAAAAUGUUAGUGUGGAUAAUUGUUCUAAAUAUCGGUACGUUUUUAUUUUAUUUUUUUUUUUUAAGGUGAAAGACCCUGAAAAAUUGAGGGAGAAAUACUACAAAAAGAGAGGAUUUAAAGCUGACAUUAUUUGUCUUCUACCUCUAGAAUCACUAUCUUCCUUACUAUUUUGUAAGUAUUUUAAGACAGUUCCUUAUUUCCGUGUCUAGAUUUUGGAUAAACACUACAUAUAUUACUGGUAAAAUCUGUGAUUGACACAAAAUUGUGCUUUGAUGUAAUUGAGUGAAGCCUUCGUGACAUUCUGUGUUCCACGUAUAUUUUGAAUAUACUUUGCUCUAUGACAAGCAAGAGACAAUAGAGCCCAUACUGAAAUAACAAAGCCGUGGAUGGUUUGAAAAAAAAGGAGGCGCAGCCAAGGUCUUUGUUAAAUACAGUCUCUAACAUUUUUCCAAAUUUGUGAAAUAGUGACCCUUUUCCUUUAGCAAAUGUUUUAAGUUUUUUCAAACUGUGGGACAGAUGUCUCAUUCUAGAGAAUAUUUUCGAAUCAAUGGGGGAGGGUGAAAUUCUGUCCUAGAAUACCGAACAUUUGCCCUGUUUGAAUAGUAUUCUAACGAUCACCGAUAAGUUGAAUUUAGGUUACUAUUACACAGCGCUCUACAACUCAUUCAAAACAGACCUGCUUAUCGCCGGUUUCACUGCUAUUAUAAAUUUAGUUAUCAAAACACCUGACUUUUUUGCUUUUCUUCUAGUUCCCUGUGAUGCUAAGUUCUUACGUCUUCCCAGACUUUUGAAGUGGCACUCUGUGGAAACUUUCUUCUUGAUGAGUGACUACCGAACAAGCAAGCCUAACCGUUUGCGUGCCUUUAAGCUCAUUCUCUAUCUGAGUGUAGCAAUGCAUUGGGUCGCUUGUCUGUACUAUACCGUAUCUGAAUACGAAGGGUUGGGCUCAAAUGAGUGGGUGUACGGGGAAACCGAGAAAGGAGGCGACUCAUUUACCAGGUUCGAUUUCAGGUUUCCUGUAAAAUGUAGAAUCAUUAUUCCUCCCAAUAUCAUCUGGCCAAUUUUAUUAUUGAAAACCUACGAGUAACGUUCAGGAGAAGCGUGUGGCUGGUAGUGCCUACUUUGCAGGCUCCUUUACGAACGUUUGUCUUAAAAUACAGAACAAAUGAUUUACGUAAGUCUGUUUCUGAACUAGUCAUUGUCUGGACCAAUAAUUCCAGCAUGAAAGCAAGUUAUAAUAAUCUACAAUUAUCAAGCGCGUAGUUGUUUCUUAAUUCUGCAUACGUCAAUUACUUUCUAAGAGAAAAUCGUAAAACUGCGUUUUUGUUAUAUCGUUUGGCUUGUGAGUACAAAAGGAAAAUGAAAUUUGAACCAAGGGUUAAAACAAUUUAAGUUAUGUUGUACAUUCUUGUUCUUUAAGAUAAAAUGACAAAACUUUUGGACUCUCCUACAAACUGUAAUAGAGAUUUAACAUUUUCAUUGUUUGAUAGAUACGCAGGGCUACAUAACUGAAGAUCCACGUUCUCAGUGACAGUGUGGCUAGAAACAAUCACUUUCCCUUUUUUUUUCAGGAAAUACGUUAAGUCCUUUUACUGGUCGGUUCUAACUCUUAUGACGAUCGGUGAAACUCCAAGUCCUCAAACAAACAUUGUAAGUGAUUCGUUCUUUUAUAGGGCCAGCAUUCGGAAACUCAGCUUUAGAUAUUUUACGGUGGCCGAAUUGCACCAGUUUCUUGCUACAAAGCUUUCAUGAGUACUGUUUUUUAUUGACGGUUGCACUGAUGUUCUUUGUAGGAAUAUAUUUUCACUGGAUUCAUGUUUCUUCUUGGAAUCUUUGUAUUUGCAACUGUCGUUGGCAACGUUGGAGACGUCAUCAGCAAUAUGAAUGCUCCAAGGACAAAUUUUCAGGCCAGGUAUCAACUUGUGUCUUACCUUCUUUCGUUUUCCUUUUUGUAUGGCUGUUUUUAAAUAUUCUCAGUCUUGGAGUAGCUUAAGUGGGAAUGGCGGAAGUGUGUAUUCGCUAGGAAAGACGCGACUUCCACGGUCAACGCAAUAGAUGCUAUCAGUCACAUGAAACCUAUAAACUAUAAGAGGUUUACUACACAAACUCCACGGAAUAGCUAGUAUCUUAGUCAUGCUACUCAAGCACCAGCAGUCAUUGCCAGUUCUGCCCAUGCGUGAUGCUCUAGUAUUCCUCUACAGUUACCAUUGAAUGUGUUUAACAGGCAAUUGAAUGUUGUAUAAUUUUAUUUAAGAAUGGACUCAAUCAAGCAAUUCAUGGAGCACCAUAAUGUUCCACAGACGCUACAAACUCGAGUUAAAAGAUGGGCUCACUACGCCUGGAGCAGGUGUGUAAUCAGUGCAGCACUUCAGGGCGGAAAAACGUUCUGCGCAAGCUUCUGCGCAUCCCCUAUCGCAGGCUCAAGGCGUUCUUUUCUGUGUGUUGACUGUGUUUGUUUGUUGCUGGAGUUCUGAGUGAAAUGCACGAGGUGCGAACGUUUGCUCCCUGUAAAGCAUUUUUAUUUGACAUGUUUGCUUUUUUAUCGUUGCUUGAAAAUUAGUUUUGAUUCAGAACAACCAAUGCUAAAGGAAAAACGGAUCAUUCCGUCAGUCUGAAGUGGAAUAAAAGGUUUUUGAACAUUUCUUAAGAGGCGAGUAUUUUUCUGAUUGUACAUCCGAUUAAUUUAUGACUUGAUUUCGCCGGGUUGAAUUAAAACCCGCUUGUAUUCUGUUAUUAGUAGUUACGGUUACUUUUUUUACAUGCCCAGAUUUAUUACCUUUGCAGAACCAGCUUUAUCUUUGUCUNCAAUACGCCUCAACGCCUUAAAGGGAAGAAAGUGAAUACUAGAAAACCUUAUCCCUCUUUUCCUUUUAAAGCCUUAAACUAUAAAGACGAUAUUUAGGGCGCGUUCUAUUGAUCGUAUUUCAGAGUUAGAAUACAUGGAAUAAACUCAGAAAUUCAUUCUUUGUGUGGAAAUAUAUGGAUUAGAAGAAUGUAGCACUUCAAAGGACCAAAAAUUUGCGACCGAAAAGAUUCGUGACAAAUUUCUGCGCAUUCUUAUUCCGGAAUACGAUCAUUCAAACGCACCCUUAGUAUCCUUGUAAGUUGGCAACGGAGGUACUUUUGCCGAACAAACAACACUCGUCUUGCAUCAGUGCGCCAGAUGCAUGGCAAAUUCAUGUUUAUGAAAAUAAAGUAUAGUACCAUGAGGAGAAAAAUAAUAAUCCUAGAAAAUCUUAUCCCUCUCCUAUUUUAAAACUGUCAUUGCAACUUUUUAAUACGAUCUUUAGCCCCCUUGUUAUCCUUGUUAAUGUGACAACGGAGCAGAGGGGCGUGAGUCAAAGUACUUCUGACAAAGACAAUCGCAUCCACGUAGGCUGGAUGUUUACGUUCUUGAUCAUUAUGCCAUCAAUCAGUCUUAACAUGAAUACUGCUACGAAGAUUAUGCUAACUUGAAUACUAUGUUAGUAUUAAUGCGGUGGGCCAGUCAUGAUUUAACGACAAAAUGCUGUUGCAAUUGUCUAAUGUGCAGAACACAAGCCCUCGACGAGUCUUCGUCCUUAGAAAUGCUUCCUGAUAGACUGAGAACUGAAAUAGCUAUCCAUGUACAUUUGGAUACUUUAAGAAAGGUAUGGGCAAGUACCUUUAACUUUGUUUUAUGAGUAGCAGUAGUUUUUUCUUUAAUGGAGAAUUUCAGCAUUGAAGAUCAGGGGGAGCACAAGUAUGACAUUUGGGAACAAGUGCCACUGAGCCAGCGCUUACUCUCAAAACAUCUUGUAGCCCAACUUGGCCCGGUUUGUUCAAACGUCGGAUAGCGUUAUUCAACGGUUAAAUCACGAUCCACCUUUGGUACAACUUGAACCAAGACUCUUCUCAAAACUCUUGAAUUUGUUUGCUUGUUUUAUACAGGUAAAAAUCUUUAAAGAUUGUGAACAGGGUCUCUUGUGUGAAUUGGUUCUUAAACUUCGACCCCAGAUAUUUUCACCCGGGGACUAUAUCUGUCGUUCUGGUGAAAUAGGUAAGAAGACAGUCAUUUGUUAAUUUUUACUGCCCAGAUUUACUGACAAGUGCGUUGCACACCUGGUCCCUAAUACAAAGCCAUAUUUGGAGUUUGUCGACUCUUUCGAUGGUAUAUGAAACUCCCCUUAAUUCUUAACUCUGUAAGGUGAAGCUGAGUUGAGGUAUCUUUUCCAUACCAUUUCACUAAUCAAGACUGUAAAGUAAUAUUCUUGUUUCUUGGUGGAUUCUCAUAAUCUUGUGAAUUGAUGGUUUUUCUUUAAAGGGCGAGAGAUGUACAUUAUCAACAAUGGAAGAGUCGAGGUGAGAAAAUGGUUGUCUUCAGCAACUCUUUCAGUGUCUUAAUCUUACGAAAGAGACAUGAAACAACUCCCUAAACAGAGUUAGGGGGAGCAAGGGUGGCGCAGUAGUGAGAGCACUCGCCUCCCAUCUAUGUGGCCUGGGUUCAAAUCCCGGCGUCGACACCAUAUGUGGGUUGAGUUUUUUGUUAAUUCUCUCCCUUGCUCCGAGAGGUUUUUCUCCGGGUACUCCGGUUUUCUGCUCUCCUUAGAAACCAACGCAUCCAAAUUCCAGUUCGAUUUGGAACGCGGACACGUUUCAACGAGUUCUCAUGAAGUCCUAAGUGCUCCGUGGGUAAACAAAUUACUACAAUUUAAAAAGGUUUUUUUUUUUUUGUGAAAAUUGUUUGUGAAUUUCUGUUGUGAUAACCUUUGAGGCCAAAGUUGAGCAUUUGACCUUUCAGUCAGUCCAUGUGGCUGGCCGGUAUCUACUUACCUGUUGUCAAUCAAAUGAUCACCUAAUCAAUCACUUGGACAGUCAAUCAAUCAGGCAGUCAACUGGUCAAUUAAUCAUUCAAUCAAUUUGUGUUUUAAUCACGUAAUGAUUUAUACUUAAUUAGACAAGCCCAAAAGUGGAGCUCCCGUUCACGAGAAAAACUACUAUAAUCACGGAAUACUUGAAGUGUUUCCAGUCUAAUUUGACUCCCCUUUUCUUUCAACUUUAGGUGGUUAUAACAGACUCUUCUACCAAUGAGGAAGUUGUCGUAGCAUCUCUAACGGAGGGAAACUAUUUCGGAGAAAUCAGUUUGCUGCGACUCGAUGAGGGAAAAAACAGGUAAACAUGCAUUCCACUUCUUAAGAUUGAUAUCAUCUGCAUCAAUCAUCUUUCAGUCUUCUUCCAGUUUGUCCAUCCGUGCCUCCUUUGUGUUUGUUGUGUCAUUUAUACCUAACUCUAACUGUUAAGCCCCGAUAUCCACAUACAAAUUCUCCAAACUGAUCUCCAUACAUUUCCUUAAAGAAUUAAAUGAGAGAAUUGAAUUACAGAUCCGGGCAUUUUCUCUUUGGUGAUCAUUUUGUUAAUUCUCAUAACUUUAUCUCUUGGCAAUAUAUGGAUAUCAUUUGGAGAAAAUUGGUGUUGGUCACCACUGGGACUUAAAGUUAAGAAGCCAGUCUCACUAUUCUGUGUUUUCUUUACAGGCGUUCUGCUGAUGUUCGGUCAGUAGGAUACUCGGAACUGUUAUGUCUAUCUCAAAAGGACUUGAUGGAGGUACUAUUUUUAGGCGCAAUAUUCAAUAUUUUUCAAAUAAACUAGUUCGUCCCGAUGCCGAUUUUUAACGUAGUAAAUGACGAAGCAUAAAGAACUAUUGCGUUUUGAGAUCUGCGAAUAAAUCCGCUAACUUGAAGCCAAUUGGUGUCUAUUAUUUUUAAUUUAGGCUUAAUGCAAUUUAAGCUAUCUGCCUGGUGUCGUUUACAGGGGAAGGAAGGUUGACCCAUUUUAGGAAUUAAAUGUCACUCUCUACUCAACUGUGUUAAUAAAUGGGCACGAUUUGUUUAUUAUUGUAGGCUUUAGAGGAGUAUCCUGACGCCAAAAAGGUUCUCGAAAGUCAAGGGCGUGACAGGUAAUUAGAGUGUUGAGUUGAUAUUGAUUUGUAUAAGGUAAGGCCGAGUGGUUUAUAUAAGUCAGACAAAGUGAACCGCACAAAAAAAACCCGGUGAAUUUAAGAUGAAGGAUAUAUGUAAUGAGAACUUUACGUGUAGAACAUUAGGUACUAGUGUGAGAGUUUUGUCAAGGUUUCAGAACGCAGAUUUUCUACUUUUUAAUUUGAAAAUUCUUUUUAAAUUGUAAGUGUUCCAACUGAGAUUAGACUGUUUUAGGAUCAAAACUAUGGUUAUUGAUGAAACACUUGACCAAAAUGGACAACAUUUAUCGAUUUGCGUUCACUUCGUUUUGAUUGGAAGCUACCAUAUAGAAAACAUUGCUUAGUCAGCUGCGUAUUAUUGUUUACUAUUUUCUCUUUUAGAUUACAGAGAACAAGAGCAGAAAGCAGUCUUUCAGUUCCCGGGCCUGGUGAAGCAAAUAAUGAAAAACUUCAUGAUUUGGAAUUUAAUUUUGGUAAGCUGCUGCUUCUGCUGCUUCUGCUGCUUGUUGUUUUAUGUUAGAUACUAAAUUGGAAGCCUGAAAGAGAAUACUCGUUCAUAUGCAGCGUACAGUUUCUGCUUUUCUUUGUUAACUUUCUGCAUUUCCACGAGGUAGGUUUGUUAUUUUCUGUGCUAAGUAUAUUAUAUAAUCAUAGCUACAAAUUAACUCCCUUUAAACGGAAAUCUCAUUAACAUCGAGAACUCCUUAAACUGAACAUCCUUAAUUCGUCCCUCCAGUUAUCAGAUUCCUUUUCCAUUGACUCUAUAAGGCGGGUACUUCUCUUAGACCGACACGUGGUAGUAGACCCACCAAGUGUCCGUCUAAGAGCGCGCUUUUCUUCUUCUUUUUUUCAUAGCAAGGGAAAUAAACUCCAUCAAAAAGCUCCUGGAGGAACUAAAAGAAAACAAACAAGAGGUAAGAUGCGUUCCUUUAAUAUAUCGCCAUCACAUUACUCGUUUCCUCAUAAUAUAUCUCAUUGGUUUGGAGUGUUCUAUCGCUAUAGCCUACGUGUAGCCGCACCCUCCCUCUCUCCAUUUUUACUUUGUCGUCGGGGGGAGGGUACGGCUUCACGUAGGCUACUAUUGCUUAUACCUGCUCUUUAGUUGAUUCACAGGAGUUCGCAAAUACUUCAAAUUUAGAGUCUUCACUGGCCCUCCUUUUAAAAGGAGGCAGCGUGGCCGAGUGGUCAGUGCGUCGGACGCGCAGUCUGGUGGUCCCGGGUUCGAGUCUAGCUCUUGCCACUUGCUGGAUUUGUUUUCGGUAGUGCCGAGUUCAAAUCCUCGGGCACGCUGAUAACUAGGAAAACUAGUUGCCCCCUGCCAGUUGAGGUUUUUAAUCCGGUUUGGAUUAUUUGUUUCCAAUAAGUAUUUGAGUGGAGUGCCUGUAAACUAGCUGGACAAGCUAAGUGCACUUUCCACUGUAAACAAAACUUAAACCCAGUCCUUUUGUAGUACAGAAGAAUUAUCUUUGAUUUCCGAGGAGGUAGCGUGACCGAGUGGUCAGGGCGUUGGACUUGAAAUCCGGAGGCCCUGAGUUCAAUUCCCGCCCUGGCCUCUAGCUGGUUUUGUUCUUGGUAGUCCCGAGUUCAAAUCCUCGAUCACGCUUGUAAAUUACCAACUGGUUUGCCUCCGGUCAGUUGGGAUUCUUAACCUUGUUAUGUUCAUUUGUUCGGCCCCUUACACAAGACAGUCAAAUCUCCAUGUGCGACCACCUCUCUUAAGCGACCACUUAUCCAAAACACCAAUAUUUCGCUGUCAAAGCCUCAUAGUGGGAACCUCCAGUAAAUGACCACCUCUCGUAAGCGAUGGUAACCUUUUUUAGGUUGACGGUUUUAGAAUUUUCAAUUGUGUUUAAUCUAAACCAAAUGCUUUUUUCGCCUUUCUUGUUGCCGUCGCCGUCUUCGUUGCUUAAGCUCCCUAAUAGUCCGUUUCAACUUCUGGUUUAUAUUUCCAGUGCUUAUAUUUGAGGGCACAAGUUCUUAGACAAGGGGAAGAGCUCUGCAGAAUUAGGCAACAGGUGGCUAUUCAAAAUAGACCUCCCAGUGGUGGUAGAAGAAAGAAUAAAUCAAGUGGUGAAUAUGUUAGACCCCUUUCCAACUAUGUCGCUAACUAAAAUCGUCGAUUCGAGCGCAGCCAUUUAAACUUUUGAAGAGUUCUCUUUGUGAGCUUUGUUCGAUCGCUCGUCUUCUUGCUUAAGCUAUUACUUGGUAAAUCCGAACUCAAGGAACAUUUAAGGAUUGCGGAAAAUGUUCCUGAUAUAUAUCUUGAAAGUGAUAUUGAUGGACUUUGUUAUCUGGGACCUCGAAGAAGAUCCUUGAAAGAUGACAAUAAUAACACUUAA